UUUUUGUACAAAAAAUUCCGAACGAGUCGGACGCGUUUUCGUCGCGAGUUUUUCCGCUGCAAAAUCGGACAUAAACAAUAAGUGUAAAUGCCGCGUAUAUUCAAUUUAUAUGAUAUCAAGUGAUUUUUUAAUUUAACAAAUCGCAUCGUAUGAAAUUGGCCAGAGCCCCGGGUCGCGAAUAUUUAAAAAAGGAUUUGUGUAUACCGAAAAGGCUAAACAAGCUUUUUUAAAAGAAAUUUGCAUUUUCAUCUUGCGCAAAAGGCAAACGAACAAACAAAUAUGCUGACACCGAUGAGGCCAGCGGUGGGUUGAUUGGCUGACAACCACGACGUCCACAUCCAAGUCCACAAACAAGAAAAAACGACCAGACACGCUUCAGUGCCAUCGAGUGGGAGGAAGUAGUGGUAGUAGUGAGGUGGAGAGGAAGGAGCAGCAUCAUCAUCACCUGGCUCAACUUGAAUACGAAAAAAGCUAACAAAAAGCAAGAAAAAGCACAAAAAAACACACACACCAGCACACUACAAACACCACGCCACAAUGACAAAUGUUUGGAGCGGAGCCAGGCUUUAGGUGUUGAGCAGGUUUAAUCAAACAACAAAGGAAAAGCCGAGGAGGCCAACGAGGAGGAAGGACACCACACCGAGCAAACACCUGAAUUGGACAAGAGAAAGUUUCAUUAUGGAGAAACCGAUGCACCAUGCCCCAGCUCCGGCUGCCGUGGGUAAGGUCAGCCAGAUUGCCAACAUCUUCCAGCGCAAGCCCAUUGAGAUUCAGCCGGUGGAGCAGUUGAGUGCUGUGGCUGCCGCCCAUGCCGCUGCUGCUGCCGCCGCCGCCGCCGCUGCCCACCACGCCCACAACGCCCACGCCCCUGGAACUCCGGCGGUACGCACGGAAUCCCAUUCGGCCAGAUUCAAUAACGCCCGGGCUCUGUUCGAGAAACUGGGUGUGGAGUCCAACUCGAAUGUGAGUUCGCGUCUGUUGAGAAGUGGUUCGCGCGAGGAUAACCUGUGCGACGGCUCGGAUCGGUCAUCCUCACGCUCCUCGGAUCGCUCACAAUCGCCGCCCAAACGGAGGACUCCAUUUCCCUCCGGCGUGUCACUAGUUCACAAUAAUAACAAUGCCGCCGCCACAGUGGCCCAGAAUGGAGUUAUUCCCGGCGAACAGCAGCGUUUGAGUAAUAGCAAAUUUAUUGUGGAACCAGCGGCAGCGCAAGUUGUGGUACCCACUUCGGUGGUCAAGUACCCACAGCACAACAUAUCCCGCUUGAAGUCGGAGGAAGUAACACCACCGAUACCACCACCAGCCAGCGGUGGAUCGGUGAGUGCUCUGUUUGCCAGUUCAGGCGGUGAUAAGCCAGAGAAACCGGAGAGGAAAUUUAAUUCUCGAGAGUUGAUAGAGAAGCAGAAGAAGUGGACUUCCCACUUUACCAAGACCAAAACAACCAGGACGCAUAGCGAUCUGAAUCGCUGCGAUAUCAUACGUACAGUGCCCGGCACGGGACUGAUUAUGGAUAGCGAAAAGGUGGCCAAACCGGCAAUGGAAACGCCAAAUGCCAGUCCCAAUCCGCCAGCCAUAAAGCCAAGGAGCGGCAAGAUCGGCAGCCCAGUUAAGUCACCGCCAUUGCCGCCCAUUCCGGCGGUCAAGCCAAAGAAUGUGAGUCCGGUGAAGUUCAAUCCGGAGAGGAUAGUGCGCCAGUCGCCCACAAAAACGGCGGAUUGCUCGCCACCUCCGCCGCCUGCCAAAUCGGCAGCCGUGCUCCAGAGAUCACUGAUGCAGGAGCAACAGCAAGAGCUGCUAAGGAAUCAGGCCGGAGAUCCACCCAUUCCACCGGAGAAGCCGCGCAAAAAGUCCGUUGAUCUCAUCGAGGAUGUGCAGCAGCCACUGACGAACUGCUCCACGCCCUCAUCCUGCGCCUCGCCCACCAGCUCCUCGUACAUAAUGCAGCCGGCGAAGAGGGGAUCUCUGGAUGGCAGUGGUGUAGCCGGCAGUGGACAGUACACCGGCCAUGGACUCAGUGGCAGCACCAACUCCGCCACCUCGGGUUCACCGGUGGCCAGUGCCUCCUCGGGUCCAUCGUCGCCGGUUCACACGGAGGAUGAGAAGCAGGAGAACGAGUCCACGGAGAAGUCGGAGAUGGAAUACUAUCACGGCAGCAACUACAACAGUGUUCCCAGGCGAAGACGCAGCGAAAAUGAAGGUCGCAAAUCUGUGGACGAGACAUCGGGAUCGGUGAACAACAACUCCAGCCAGCAGCAGCAACAUUCCAUUCCGGGCUCCGCUAGCGGAUCUCCCCAGCGAGUGGCCAACAAGCGCAGCAGCAUCACAGUGAACAUGCCAGCCGCCGGUCUUGGCCAGCGUCCGCCGAGCAUUAUAUCGACGACCAGCCAGGAUGAGGGUGGCUUCAACGAGUCCGCGCCCGAGGUGAAGGCCAAACUGCAGCCCUCUUCCUAUGACCUCCAAACGGAGGAGCAACCGCAUAGCUUAAACUACGUGGAUGUGGGCUAUCGCCUCAAUCCCGAUGGCAGCGAAAGUCGCGAGGUUUACGGAUCCGAGGCAGAACUCUAUGACACGGCCAAAGUGAGCGAUAUGCAGCGCAAGUUCCACGGAGCCAAUGGUUUUGCCCAGGAGUCGAGCACGGUGUAUGCCAUUAUCAAACCGGAUGUGCAGGAUUCCCAGCCAGUCGUAGUGGCUGCCACGCGAGGAGUUCACCUCCAGUCGCCCACUUCGUCGAGUGUCGAGGGAUCUCCCCUGCAUCGUGGUGUCUAUAAUUCCCCACCCGUGGGCGUGGUUUCACCCAUAAGGCGACGCAAUAGCAACAACCAGGAUCAGAGUGUCGGAGGAGGAGGCGGAGGAGGAGGUAGUGCCAAGUCCACGCCCCCUUGUUCACCCGCCCGUGCGGCGCUCAAAGGCAUUGCCCCCAUAGCCUCCAUUGAUGCCCACGAAGAGGAGGAACUGGAUCUCGAGGAGGAGGAGGAGGAUGAGCAUUUGGCUGUUGAAUAUGUGGAGGUUUUAGAACUGGAGGAGGAGGAGGAGGCUCCAGUCCUCCCAGAACGACGAGCUCCGGCUCAAAAUUCCCUAGAAUUGCAGGAUUUGGAGUAUGCCGAUACCAGUGCUGGCGAGGAUGAGGAGGAUAUCAUCAACCACUUGAAAGGCGAUAUCCUGGAUGUAGAACUAAUCGACGAUGUCGUCGAUGAGGUGAUCAAGGUUCAUGUCAAUCACAGUGUGGCCAUUGCUCCACCAGUUCCAAAUGCUGCUCCGGCUGCAGCGAUUCCGCGGGAGGACAGCUUGCCCGAUGACAUGACCGCCGCCGAAGCCGAACGACUGUUGAGCUCUAGCAUUUUGGAAAACAAAAUCAGACAACAGUCGCUGCUGUCGGACGAACAGGCCAAGGAAGUCGAGCAAAUACUCAACGCCGCCCCCAGCGUGGGCGUGGCAGUUGCUGCCGUUGUUGCCACAGCAACAUCGCCGACCAGCAUCAAGAAUCUCAUUGAGGAUUUGCCGGGGCAAUCAUCAGUGGUGGUCGAGCAGGACAUUCAAAUUGCAGCUGUACCAGCGAUAGUCGAAGAGGACGAGGAGGACGAAGAGGAGGGCCAGUUCCACGAACAGGAGGACGACGACAACGAGGAGGAGGACCACGCUAGGGCCGAGUUCGAUGCAAACGGCUGCGGCGAUGCUGACGGCGAUUCCGAUGACGUUGAAGCCGUGGACAUUGUGGGCUUUUGCCAUGCCGCCAGCGCAUUAAACGCCACCUUCGUCAAGGCCGACAGCACGGAAACAGAGACCACCACCACCACCCCCUCGACGGCCACCACAGCCACAGCCACCACUCGCCACGACGACGACGAGCCCGAGUGGCUAAGGGAUGUCCUUGAGGCACCCAAGCGCAGUCUAGAAAAUCUGCUAAUCACCUCGGCAACCCAAGGACGGGGACCAGGUCAGCGGGAGGAGCUAGAAAACGGCUACGAUCUACAAGAGAAACAUUCCGAUCUAAAUCACACCUACGUGACCGGUGGGGAAUCGCUGCACGAGUCGUUGGUAUCGGUGGAGUCCACGCAAUCGGAUGCCACACUAAACCAAACCACGACCAUCGACGACAGCAUCAUCUCCAGCAAGCACAAUUCCACAUAUUCCCUGGCAGAUGCCGAACAGGCCACCAAUUCGACGGUCCUCAGCACUGGUGUUACCGAACUCGACGAUAGUCAGUACUAUAUACCGGAAUAUCCGCCUGUGAGGAGCAAGGAAGUGCUUGUAGAGGCGGGAGUGCACUACUUCGAGGAUGGCAACUUCUGGAUGGAAGUGCCUGGUCUCCUAGACUUUGACGACGACGACUGCUCUUAUCCGCCCAUCACAGUGCGCAAGAAUCCCAAAGUUCGCUUCAGCUCCGGUCCCAUCCACGUGUACUCCACUUUCUCCGUGAACGACUACGAUCGCCGCAAUGAAGAUGUCGAUCCUGUGGCCGCUUCGGCCGAAUACGAGCUCGAAAAGCGCGUGGAGAAGAUGCACGUCUUCCCCGUGGAAUUGAUGAAGGGUCCUGAAGGUCUGGGUCUCAGUAUAAUUGGCAUGGGCGUUGGCGCCGAUGCAGGCUUAGAGAAACUAGGAAUCUUUGUGAAAACCAUUACCGAUAACGGAGCAGCAGCCAGAGACGGUCGCAUUCAGGUCAACGAUCAGAUCAUUGAGGUGGACGGCAAGAGUCUCGUGGGUGUCACCCAGGCAUAUGCAGCCUCAGUGCUACGCAAUACAUCCGGUCUAGUCAAAUUCCAAAUCGGACGCGAGCGUGAUCCUGAAAACUCAGAGGUAGCCCAGCUCAUACGACUGAGUUUGCAGGCGGAUCGCGAGAAGGAGGAGCGCUUGAAGCGUUAUUUCAGCCAACAAGAGGAGUACCUGCGUCGCACGCUCGACUACUCGGAGGACUCCACGCAGCCGGUAUCGGCCAAUUCGAGUGUUUGCGAGGGACCUUCGAGUCCCGUUCAAGUGGAGCAUCCCAUGGAGGUGGAGGCCACCCAUUCACAGGAGGUAGAGUCGCUCAAGCGACUGCUACAGGAGAGCGAAAUGGGUUGCCUGGUAAAGGAAGAGAUUAUUCAAAAUCUAAAACGAAAGCUGGUGAAGCUCGAGACGACGGGAAAUGAGAACGAGUUGCUGAGCGAGCGGCUCCGGCAAAGUGAACGGGAGCUGGGAAAUAUCCGGAAGGAGGCGGCCAAUCUGCAGAACAUGCUGCAGCAAUCGCAGGGUCAGUACAUGGCGCUGGACAAGAAGUACAACAAGGCCAAGCGGCUGGUGAGGGAGUAUCAGCAGCGGGAGCUGGACAUGUGCCAUCGCGAGGAGUUCUACCAGCAGUUGCUCCAGGAGAAGGACACCGAGUACAAUGCGCUCGUGAAGAAGCUCAAGGAUAGGGUCAUCAAUCUGGAGCACGAGCUGCAGGAGACGCAGCGCAAGGCUGGUUUCCCCGUCGGACUGCCCUACGAUAGUGCCACCCUAAAGCUAACACCCCAAAUGAUGCGCAAGACGCCGCCCAAACCACUGUUCCACAAACUGGAGACGGAGCUGUCGGACACGGAGAUCUCCGAUCUUUCGCCCGAUGGCGAUGGCGUGAAGACAGCCACUGUGGAGCGCAAGGUUCCGGUCAAGGACGAACUGGAUGCGGCUGUGCCGCAGCACGAGCUGCUGGAUAACUCGAUUAACAAGACCAAAAUCGAUCUGGCCUCCCGUGGUGGUUUAGCCAAUCGCCAGUUGCCCUCAGCCAAUGGAAACAGCAAUGGAGCAGCUACUACUACUAGUGAUCUUGGCCAGCUUUCGAAUGGCAAUCUACUGAAGCGCAGCCGGAGCAACAGUCGCAGUUCGGACUGCACCCUGGACGACACCGAUGAGGAGGAGGACGAGGAGCGUGAGGGAUCGGCCCUGAAUCUGGCAGGUGGAGCACCUGCGGCAGCCACCAGCCAUGAAACCAUCAGCAGCCUCUCCAAUGGCAACUCCCAUCUGCUGGCCAACGUCAACAAUCUUCUGCAGCAUCAUCCGCCGGUCAUGGCCAGUGUGGUGACCGCCACACCCUCGAAUGGCCACUUGGGCACCACCACGGCCAUCCUGCUGAACUCCACCUCCUCCGCCUCGUCCAGUUCGUCCAAUCAGUCGACGGCUCGCGAGGCACAGAUCAAUCAGCUGUACGCCCAGGUGCACAAGGAUCCCAGCAAGCAGCAGCAUCAACAGCAGCAACAGCAGCAGCAGCAGCAUCAACAGCUGCAGCAGGCUCAGUUGGUGACCACCACCACCAGCAGCAGUAUUCCCAGCAUGUUCAAGAACGCCAGCAUAGGAUCCCCGGCGGACAACGGACUAAAUGACUUCCAUCGCGGCAGUAUGACCACCUUUGGCACGGGCCCAGCCACCAGCAGCAAUCGUGAUCUCAACAGCUCCUACGACUCCAUCCUGGGCUCCAACGACAAGCUGGCCGAGCAUGAGCCGGCCGAGAGCUGGAUGUACCCCAGCCGCCGGCGGGUGGCGCCCAAUGGCAGCAAGGUUCCACUGCCCGGAUCCAGCUUCACGGAUCAACUCAACCAGGCGCUGUCCGAUCGCGAGAGGCGACUCGGCGAUGGAUCCUCGCGACAUUCCAGCGACGAUUACACGGAGAUCAACAAGAGCCAGAGCGCGGCGGCCAUCAAUUGCAAGACGCUGAUCAACGAGAUCCGCCAGGCGGUGAACGAGGCCCAGCCCAAAGUUAAACAAGUCGUUCCGCAAUCAUUAUCCCCGCCCGGCACAGUGCCCUGGCAGCAGCAGCACCACCAGCAGAUCCAGCAGCAGCCAUCCGCCCACAGCAUCCACAGCAUCCACAGCACCCACACUGGCCCGCCCUCGCCCACCAGCAUGUCCUCCGGCUGCUCAUCACCGGGAUACUCGCCAAGCAGGACCCUGGAUCUGUCCGGAUCGAGUUCCAGUUUCUCCGAUCGCAAGGCAGUGGCCGCCGGUUACACCUACAAGGGUGGACCCGUUCACGAGUGGACCAAGGAUCAGGUUGGCCACUGGCUAAUGGGCAUCGAGUUGGAGCGCUACAUCCCCGUCUUCAAGGAGCACAACGUGGAGGGCGGAGCUCUGCUCACGCUGGACUCGAAGGACUUCAAGACUCUGGGCGUGUGCGGCGACGACAAGCAUCGGCUGAAGAAGCGGCUGAAGGACCUGAAGGCCAACAUCGAGAAGGAGCGCAAGGACAUGGAGCGGGAAAGGCGCGAACGGGAGAAGGCCAUACGCAAGGCCGAGAAGAAGGCGGCCAAAAAGAAGUAGUUGAAUUCUAGUUGAUAAGCAUAAAAAAAAGUAGCCAAAAACCAAAAGCAUACGCAGUAUAUAUUGUAGUCUAUAUAUACAUAUACAUAUACAUAUAUAUAUGCAUACACAACACACACGCGCGUAUAUAUAAACAUAUAUGUAAUCGGUUAUAUAUUUAUAUGCAUGUAAUGAUAAUAUAAUUUAUUUGUACAACACACACACACACACAUCUAUUAUACAUACGUACUACAUUUUAACCUAUCGAACCUAAUGGCAACUAGACGUAAUUAUUCUAAACGAAAGCAAGGAAAGCAGCAAGUAGAAGGUCAGCGAAGCGUUAGAGUAGCAGUAGAUCUCGGUUAGAAGUGACCCCCCCAGAAAUCCAGACUCAAACAGGGCCCAAAAUCCAACCGAUGGCACUCAGACUUCCACGACAAAACAACCGAACUCACAACCAAACGAAGAAGCUAAGUAACUAACACAAAAAGGCGUUGGACUGACUGAUUUUUAUGAUUAAUUUAAAAAAAAAAAAAACGAAAACAAAAAGAAAAACAAAUAAAAACGAAUGGAAUUCUUUUUUAAAAGCCAAUCAAAACCAAAAAGAACCAUUUGAAUUGAGAAUGCAAACGAAUGCGUAGAACACUUAAGGAAUUCGCUGAACAGACUUGAACGGUUUUACGGGCUGCUUCAAUUAAAAUACAGAAUAUAAAGAUAAUAUUGUAAUAACGUUUAAGUUAAUUAACGAUUUUUUCUAAAUAUUAACCUGUGUAAUUUAAUGACUAGCGCAUAUUCAAUAAUAUUCAAUUCUAGAUAUAUAUAUAUAUGUGUGUGCAACAUUGUAUUGUCAAGACAUCUAUGGAAUGUACUGUACUAUCCCCCCUAAAAUUAAUGCUAAAGUAUUGUCCUGUAUGCUAUAUGCCUGAAAGUCAUUUAAGUACUUAAGUAGAGAAGCUAGAGGAAGUGUGUUUUUUCUGUUACCGAGCGGGCUGUUUGGAAAGUCACCGACUAAGAUUUAUUAUAUAUCUUAACGUUGGUUACUUUCCAAGCAGUCCGAGCAGCCAAAUCAAUGCAAAAUGUCCACCCAAAAAGAAAAAAAAGAAACCAAGCUUCAAGAGCGAUUUCUAUUCGUUAGCUAGUAUGUCUGUGGAAAUGGGCGUGGCUGUACUGUUGUUUUCACUUUGUUUUUACUUUGUAUAAAUAUUUAUAGAACCUUUAGAAUUUGUAUUUCGUAUUCUUAGUUUGUUUAUAUUUACUUUCGUGUACUUGUGUUGUGUACGUAGUUUUAUUUACCUUAUAAUUUCGAAAUGUUGCAAUAAAACUGCAUACAUAUGCCGGUGUAUGUAUGAUAAACCAAA